AACCGUUGGAAGUGGCUAUUGUCGGCAAACAUUAGCAAAUUCCCGCUUUCUAUUCACUAACUGCAUCGACAUAAGAACGGUCUAUGGUGUAACACACGGACUUGUCUUGACGUAUCUAGUGUUUUCUUUGCACGGUCUGUGACUGGGUUAGUGGUGUAGGAAGAUGUGAUUUGUGAACAGUGAUUUUUUAGAAACAUUGACGAUGUUAACGAAUGUGAAGACGGAUCACCUCGUGACCAAGGAUUGGUUCUGUAUUUUUUCGUUGCUAGUUCUAGGUAUCAACUCAGUUACCUCUCUCCAAUUGGUGAGCUACAUUUCCGGCCAAGGUCUCCAUGGCACCAUCAACUUCACCAAGAUCCAAGACGAGAUAAAAAUAUCAACGGACUUAACGACAACCCUAGAAUACCCGAACCAAGCAUGGUCAUUGUACGUCACCGAAUUCCCUGUCGAUUAUACGGAAAUAGAAAACCGUUGCGAAAGUUCCAAGCUGGGAAAGGAGCUCGUGAACCUAGAAGACACAUUCGGCUACCUGAUCCUCCCGGAGAAUCAAACCACGGAGUACACCACCAAAGAGUUGAGAAUGAACGGACCUCUUGGGCUCUACGGGAAGUCCCUCUUGCUCAAAAACCUGGACACCGGUAGCAGGAUAUGCUCUUCUCUAACCAUGGCGGACAGAACCAAAGAAAAAACUGCGGUUGCCAGAUUUGGCACUCCAAUAGCUGGAAACGUGUAUUUCAGAUGGUUCUCCACGAAAGACAACCACAGCGACAUGCUGAUCACUACCGAUCUAUACCACGUGAGGAACGUAGAAAAUCAUACCAAGUUUUCCAAGUACACCGAACAUUUCUGGAAAAUCUACGUCACUGAUAUUCUGGAAUCGGAUCACGACCGAAAUGACUGCAAUAUUCUACAACUGGUAUUCGAUCCAGAUGCCAAGGGUCCAGGAAAAGGCGUGGGCGACAUUGACUCUAGGGUAGGGAAAGUGAAGGUGUCCACGGAUUAUAACAAGUUCAAGUUCAAAACUCUCUUCAGGGACGAACAACUCGUUCUUCUCCCCAGCGAUUUGGCUGGACCUCAAAGGAGGCUGUACUUGGUUUUGUUCGAGCGAAAGCAUGAAGAUGUGUUCUUGGGGUGUGCCAAGAUUCGAUACGAAAAUCCUGUUAAUGCUAGAGUGAUCAUACAAUCCGGAGGCAUCAAAGGGGACAUCAGGAUGACUCAGCACACAAGAUUUGAACCGACGUUCCUGAAUUUCAACUUGACUACUGCUAGAGGUGACAUAGAAACUCGUAUAGUUUACAGCUCAACCGUAGCAGGCUAUAAAAUCCACGAACUGCCAAUAAAACCCGCCAAAUCUGUAGGGAAAAACGAAAACUCCUGUCUGACAACAAAGUUCAUUUACAAUCCUUCAAAUACUGAUAUAAAUACAACCCCCCCUAGUGGAUUUGGAACCCAAGAUCAAUAUCCUGUCGGCGAUCUUUCUGGAAAACUGUUGGGAAGAAACAAUCAGUCUGUGUUGGUUGAAGGCGGUCAAGAACUUAAUGGCCUAUAUUGGGACGUCUAUCUACCACUCCAAGGAAGAUUUUCAAUUGUCCACAGAUCGCUUGUUAUCUACAAAAAUACGCAGUACCCUACCUCGGAAAUCAUCGCGGAACCCUGGAUCUGUGGUGGAAUCACUCUGUAUGAACCGAACUUCGAGUACCAGAAGCAAAUCUUCACGGCGCAGGUCAUAUUUCGGUACCCGACCGUCGGUAGGCUUCUGAUGCGGCAAGCCAAGGACGAACCGUGGUCCGACACGACGGUACUAAUCGAGUACUUGGUCCACGCUGACGGUGCUGCUCUCAACAAUAGCGCAGAACACAGGUGGGCGAUUCACGACCUGCCGCCUGGGAAAGAUUUCUACAACUGGACGGGAAGGUGUUUGAGCUCAGGCCCCGUCUAUAACCCGUAUAAGGUGGAUUUCGAUAACAAAACACUCAAUGACAACUGCAACAUGGAGAGCAUCGGACUAUGUAGAUUAGGAGAUCUAUCAAAACGUCAAGGAACUCUAGAAAUAUCGGGUAGAAUAGCGGACAGCGAUAAAAUUUCCAGGAAACUAUGGACCGAUCCAAUGUUGCCGCUCACCGGGCAUUACAGCGUUUUAGGAAAAUCUCUUGUCGUAUACGAUGAUCAUGGCCCUAAAGCGAGAGGAGAAAGAUUGGCCUGUUCCAUAAUUGGCGGGGUUUACAGAAGAAAGGCAGUAGCUAGGGAUUGGUUUCCAAAUGGUAACGAAUUAACGGUCAAAGGAAAACUGGAGUUUUUCCAGCAAACUGAAUAUGACAUCACAGAUGUGGAAGUGAGUCUUGAAGGAUUGGUUGACGUCAAGGAGUACCACAUUCAUAUGACACCUGUAGAAGAAAGUCUCCAAUUUCCAUGUGAACAGUCAACCCUGUACGGUCACUGGAAUCCGAUGAACGUUGAUCCUGCUUCAUCCCCCCGAGCUUACCAAGGCACUCCUGAUCAGUACGAGGUGGGAGAUCUAAGCGGAAAGUUUGGAAAUUUGUACAAACAGUCGAUUCACAAAACGCACUACAAUGACUCUUUGCUCACGUUGUUUGGACCAAGGAGUAUUAUGGGAAGGUCCAUCGUUAUACAUAAAAAGGAUUCAAGUAGAUGGGCUUGCUCUACCAUCGAAAGGGGAUAUAGUCCAUCUGAAGCUAGAGAACUAAGAGCGAUAGCUUCUUUUCAUAAUCCUAAUGGACACGCCUAUGGAUAUAUGAAAAUGAGGCAACUCAUUCAUAAAGAUGGCAGUGCCAGUGAUACAACCAUUGAAGUUAAACUUCGGCAUCCCGGUAAAAACGAUAGGAAUGUGACAAGAGACCACAACUGGGCCAUCUACGUUAACCCUGUUGGAGUUGAUGCAACAGUGAAGACUUUAGCUACCAGAUGUGUCGCGGGAGGUUACAUUUGGAAUCCGUUUUUCACCCAACUCGCAGAUCCUUUGAAUGAUGAGCUCUAUCGUCAAGAAUGCGGCCCUGAAAAUCCUCUGCGCUGUCACGUGGGAGAUCUGUCGGCACGUUUGGGAACAAUAGAUAUAGGUCUCAAGCGGAAGGUAUUUUCUGAUGCCAAUUUCCCUUUAGAAGGAGAUGUAACCGCUAUUGGAAGAUCCAUCGUCAUUCUCGCUCCUGACAGAAAAGGAGACAGAUAUGCUUGCGCCAAUAUAGAACCUGAUUAUGACAUCAUCAAAUAUGCCAAUAUCGAAAGACCGCCUAGAUUUGUUGUUGCGCAGUUUAUUGAGGACGUGCGAGAAGUCAUGGGAAUCCCAGAAUGGUUCCUGAACGUCGACAGCAGACAAACUAAGAACAUUUACAAUGACGCGUGCGUUCAACUAUUGCUACACUUCAAAGGUCCCAUUGCCUCAAAACUAGAACAGGAUUUCAAUAGUCUUUUGUUGGUUGGAAGGCUUGAUGCACCAAGUUUGUAUAUUCCAGGAUAUUUCAAUGAGAAGAGGAAGAGGAAGAUAUCUUAUAAGCUGUGUGGGCCAAAAGACCCGAAUGAAAAAAGUAAAAGGAAGAGCAGUUUUUUCUUCGGAUCGAAUGGAAACAUGUUGCUGACUGAUUCAAAACUGAUGAUACUCAUGACUUUACUGUCUUCGUAUUUACUAUGUUGAUACGAGUUGUUCAUAUUUGUAAAUAGUACCUCAGAACAUUAUUUAUUUUGGCUUUAACUCGAUUGUACAAAUAGAUGUUUAGGAAUA